CCUCCUGCCUCAGCCUUUCAAGUGCUGAAAUUACAGGUGUCUGCCACCAUGCCCAGGUCUCUAUCAUCGUCUGAGAAGACAACAACAAACCUACCUUUCACCAUCAUGACCCAGCCGCCACCUCCAUCUCAGACGGAGACUGUGAUGCCCGGGAGGGUGAGUCAGUAGCCAUGAAUUACAAACCAUCCCCGCUCCAGGUGAAGCUGGAGAAGCAGCGGGAGCUGGCCCGGAAGGGCUCCCUCAAGAAUGGCAGCAUGGGCAGCCCUGUCAACCAACAACCCAAGAAGAACAAUGUCAUGGCCCGGACAAGGCUGGUUGUCCCCAAUAAAGGCUAUUCCUCACUUGACCAGAGCCCAGAUGAGAAGCCACUGGUAGCCCUUGACACGGACAGCGAUGAUGACUUUGACAUGUCCAGAUACUCCUCUUCUGGCUACUCUUCUGCUGAGCAGAUCAACCAAGAUUUGAACAUCCAGCUGCUGAAAGAUGGCUACCGGUUAGAUGAGAUCCCUGACGACGAGGACCUAGACCUCAUCCCUCCCAAGUCUGUGAACCCCACCUGCAUGUGCUGCCAGGCCACGUCCUCCACCGCCUGCCAUAUUCAGUAGCGGGCGGGGCCACUGCGGCUUCAUGGGGAGACGCAACUCCACUUGGGCCAGGUUGGAUGGGGCAGGGGCCAACCCCUCCCUUGCUCUCCACCUGCCCCCAGGCCUGUGCCCCCUACAGCCGCCAACCUCGUAACAGUCAUUGCUUCCUCCUAUGGUAGGACGUGUACCUCUGUGUGUUCGCGGAGUCGGAGAAACCAAAACCGGGUCUCUCUCCACCCUGGGGGACUGAGGAGGGGUGGGGCUCUUUGUUCAGUUAUUUGAGGGACCUCACUCAGCACUCUGUCCUCUUCCCCAAGGCUACAGUCUCGAGGCUACAGGGACCGGAUAGCAGGGAGGUCAACACUAAUAUGCAAAGAGGAGGGAAUCACACAGUCAGCAAAGCCAUGAAUUCCCCAUCCACCGCCUGACAAGAAAAGGGGUUUGGAUGGACAAAGGCCCAAGGAAGUGGCAGCAUGCACUAGGUCCUAGCAUCCAUGUGCCCUCUGCUAGCCCAUGUACCUCUUUGUGCUUUUCACCUCAUCUCCAGAUGGGAAGCCUGUCAAGGAGGCCACAUGGGAUAUGGUCCCUUGCCCAUCAGAUUACUGCCUUCCUCCUCUUUGUCCCAUUCACCCCUUCCUUGCUCUCUGGCUUGGGAGAAGGUAAAGAGACCCACGAGGGAGAGGUAAGACCUGUCCACACUGGCCCCUAACCAAUGCAUCUAUCUCUCAGCCUCCCCUGUCCUCCACCCCCAACACUCUUGUCCAUUGGUCCCAGGCUGGAAGCAAGGGGUAAGCUGGCCUUUAAUGCCCCAUUCCCAUCUUAUCCCAGCCCAAAGCCUGGAGGGCUGGUUCCAAUUAAAAUUCUUCAAAAAGCAAGCUUAGGAAAAUGCAGUGGGCUGAGCGGCUAUGCAUAUAUGGCUGUGUAUACUUGGCUCUGUGUGUGUGUGUGUGUGUGUGUGUGUGUGUCUGUGUGUCUGUGUGUGUGUGUGUGUGUGUGUCUGUGUGUCUGUGUGUCUUUGUGUCUGUGUCUUUGCUGGACCUAUCCCUCCAGGUCUCUCUUGUCAUAGAUGUGUCAGAUGUGAAUGUAUAACCUGUUUACAAUUGGGAGAGGCUGCUUAGCAGUGCAGUGGACUGAGAGCCUAGCCUGCGAGUCUAAAGCCUGUGUUCUGGUCCUAACUCUGAUGCUGCAUAUCUUCAGCAAGCUAUAUGCUAUCUCUGGGCUUCAGUUUUCUCAACGGAAAAAUCCACAGCAGCUGAAAUUAUUGUUAAGGUUCUUUCAUACCCAAAGGAAUUUCUUCACAGGAAUUUCUGCAGAGGAGUAUGAGAUCUCUAUGUGUCUCUGAGUGUGUCUAGCAGGCUCCCUGGGGUAUGUGUUUGUGUGGAAAGGGUAAGAGGAAGCACAUGAGGAUCUGUGUGGAAGAGAUUUAUGUUUCUGUGUGAAUAUGUGUAGAGUAUCUACUUUUGUGUGCAGCUGUGUGAAGUAUCUGUGGGUCAGAAUAUUUGUCCUGUCGCUUCUGCUACUAUUGCUGGUCUAGGGGCAGAGGCCAAAACAACUGAGGAUAAAGAUCAAGAGGGAAGAGGUGAAUAGGGGCUGGGCAAUUCAUAACCUGCCUCCAUGUGAAGAGAAAUGAAAGUACAUGUAGCCUCAGACUGCUUGGGCCUGUGCCCACAAGCCUCCUCCCACAGAGCAAAGAAGUACACUUCCCCAGUCCCCCAUGCUGACAGCCAACACAUGCCGGGUAUCCACUGUCAUGGAUACUACUCUCUGGACACUAGUCCUGGGAGGCAGGAGCUGGAAGGGGGUGAAGGAGAGGAGCAGAGGGGUAGCACCGGCUCCUGCUCCCCAUCCAGGAGAUGCCAGCUCCAAAGUGUUGGGGUGCAGCUCUCCAUUCCCCACACUUCUAACCCACCUUUAUCUCUUCUAAUGCAAGGACUCUAUCUAGUUAGAUGAUGAGAAAAUGCCAAAGGGAGGCAAGAACAAUCAAGGUAAAUUCAGAGCCCACAAGAACCAUAGUGACCCCCACCUGAGCCCCUCUCCCACCCUGGUCAGCAUCCCACCACCACUGGCAUCUGGGCCCCAGAGCCAGGCCUCCCACUACACCGUUAGCCCCUGGGCUCCUUGAUUCCCCUUCUAGAACAUGGGUAUCUCCUCUUUUUUAGAUUUCCACAUUUUUCUCUUGACUUACGGUGUGACACUGGCCCAUUGAUCAAUCUCUGUGGCCCUGAGGAAGCCGGAAAAAGUUCCCUUCCCACAGGACAUACUAGCUCCCUGGCAGGCAAGGGCUUCAACUAAGGCAGUACAUAUAUGGCAGGAAGAGACAGGAAGCUGGCAGCCAGCAGCUUCCUCAUCUAGAGUUCAUGGCUCUCCCCCCCCCUUUGCAUUCUAGGAGGCUGAAGGGGAAGAACCAAGGCCUUGGCUUGCCCCUCCCCCUGCCCCUGCCCCCUUGUAGAUACUGCCUUAACACUCCCCCUAACCCCCAGCUGUGGCUGCUACCCAGCCAGGUUUCUCCGUGCUCACUAAUUUAUUUUCAGGAAGGUGUGUGGAAGACAUGAGCCGUGUAUAAUAUUUUUUUUAACAUUUCCAUCGCAGUAUUGACCAUCAUCUUUGGUUGUGUAUUGUGUAACACAAAUAAUGAUAUUAAAAGCAUCAAACAA